AUGAGAAGCUCCGACCUGCAUCAGCGAUCGAAAAUCAAGGAUGCCGUUCUGUACGCCAGGCAGUCGAAGAUAAGGUGGGCCGGACAUGUAAUGCAUAUGAAUGACGACCGAUGGACAAGAGCCGUUAGUAACUGGAUUCCUCGGGAUGUCAAACGUACUGCAGGAAGACCACCGACACGAUGGUCACAGUUCUUCACGAAGAGCCUUGAAGAAAGAUAUGAUGCUCGACGAGUCCCUAUAGCGAGCAGAACCCACUUGGCUACUCUUGUGCGACAGGGAGAAAUGGAAGAUUUACUGGCGCCCGCUCGAGUCACUCGACGAUCAACCGGACUACAGAUGAUACAAGUGACAGGUGAUCAAUAG